GGGGAGAGUCUUCGUGAGUGAGGAUCAGCGGUCGGUCAGGCCUGAAUGUCGAACCACCAGGAGAAGCCUACCACGCCGCCGCAACCACAGGCGGCGGAGGGCGGCGGCGCCCGACCCCGCUUGCCCGGCGGCGGCGGAGCUCACGCGGGGGGCGGUGGAUACCCUAACCCCCCGGAGGCCGCGGUUCCCGACGCGGCGACGCUGCGGGACCAGUGGCGGUUCGCCGUGCGGCAGUACAGCCGCUGGUACUCCCACGCCUGGGGCACAGCCAUCCUUGCCGGCGCCGCCUUCUUCGCGCUCGGGUGGCUCGUCAAGGGCUCCAACCCACUCCCUUCCCGUGCCGAGCCCCGCGACACCACCGCCAAUGCCGUUGCCAAGGAGGAGAGAUGACUGAUAAUCCAUUCCUUUCCACCUGUGGAGUUCAAAUGGACUGUUGAUGGUGAAGAGAGGUAGUUCAAGCCAGAAGGGAGAUAUAGUGUGGCAUGGAGUUGUGAUCUAUGCACUUGUUCCAGGGCAGUGAUCUGCUUUCUAUUCCUCUGCUGUUGUAUAUUUUCUCAAAAUAAGGGGGUGUAACCAUGCUUUAAGUAAGGCUUUUGAAGAUUUUGUAAAAAUACAAACGAGACGUUGCUGAAUCAAAUCAUAAAAGAGUUGAUUAUCA